UUGUUUUUGUAUUCAAUUUUUUAUCCAGUACUGGAGGAAGUGCUCACGGUGCUAAGCUGCAUCCAUUGAUGAAGAAUAUCAUGAAGGCCAGAGAUUGUAUAAGAAAGGAGUACAGCGCCAUCUUCCUCUUUCUGGCUGUGGCUGUUUUAAUCCUUGUGCUACGUAACAUGGAGGUCCUGGAGACCCCCAGCCAAUUUCAGCAUGAGGUGAACUCCACCAUCAUCGUCCCGAGAGUUUCCACUGUCCCUGACGUGCAUCGAGGCUUCUGCACCUUCCAGCCACUGUCCCCUAACGACGCUCUGGAGGAACGCCUCUUACUGGACUCCAUUGCUUGGCCUGGAACUUCACUUUUGCCAGCUCCUCUUUCCCUGGAGAAGACCAGUGAUCCAGCUCACAGCUCCUUCACCAUUCUCCCAGGGAGGGGGGGAGGACAGUGGCACGUAGGGGAUCAGCUGGAGGUUAGGAUCAAAAUCUCUGAUUUCCAGGGCCAUCCCAAGAAGUCUGGAGGGGACUUCUUACUCGCCCGACUGCACAACCCGAAGUUUGGUGCAGGUGUGGUUGGGCAAGUGGUGGAUCAUCUGAAUGGCAGCUACUCUGCUGUAUUCCCUUUACCCUGGGAAGGAGAUGCGCAGGUUGAGGUGACGCUGGUUCACCCUAGUGAGGCUAUCCCAGUGCUGAACCGGCUAAACAGCGAACAGCCUGACAGGCUUUACUUUAAGAGCCUCUUCCGCUCUGGCUCAAUCUCUGAAACUAGCAUCUGUAACGUCUGCCUACGUCCAACCCAGCCGCUGUGCAACUACACUGACCUCCGUACAGGCGAGCCUUGGUUCUGCUACAAGCCAAAGAAGCUGAGCUGUGAUGCCAGGAUCAACCACGCAAUGGGAAAAUACGAACAAACCUUCAGGGCCAAUGAGGAUAAGCUCUUUCAAAGGGGUGUCAACUUGAAAGUCUUCAUUCGGGCUUCAGGACCUAAUAUUGUCACCAUGUUGCCAAAAAUGAAAGGCCAAUCAGAGGUGAAGAGCAGCAGCAUGAAGUCGGGACCCUCUGGUUAUUACUACCAGGGUGUGUGGCGAGCACUCGGUGGUACCACAGUUCGGCAAUUUGACAACUCUGCCAUCAUUCAGUGUCUGAAAGGCAAGGGGGUCUACAUGUAUGGAGACUCUACCGUCAGGCAGUUUUUUGAGUACCUCAACGCAGCACUACCAGACCUUAAGGAGUUUGACCUGCACAGCCCGAAGAAAGCUGGACCGUACAUCUCCUUGGACUAUGCAAACAACAUCUUGUUGAUGUCACGCUUCCAUGGUCCUCCUAUCCGUAUUGUCCCUGUCUCAACCAGCGAGCUUCGUUACAUUGCCAAUGAAAUUGAUGGCUUAGUUGGAGGCACGAACACUGUUGUAAUUUUUGGUAUUUGGGCUCACUUUGGAACUUUCCCCAUGGAGAUCUACAUCCGGCGGCUGCAGAACAUCCGCAGGGCGGUGGCGCGGCUGCUAGACAGGGCUCCAGGCACGGUGGUCAUCAUCCGGACAGGGAACGCCAAAGUUUUGUCACUUAGUGUGUCGCUAACCAACAGCGACUGGCACUCGCUGCAGUGUAACAAGGUGCUCAGAGCCGUGUUCAAAGGACUGAACGUUCAUCUGAUCGAUGCCUGGGAGAUGGUUUUUGCCCACCAACUGCCACACGACCUCCACCCACCAUCUCCUAUAAUUAAAAAUAUGAUUAACGUUAUUUUGUCCUACGUGUGCCCUCAAAAGGGCGACUAGAUGUGUGUGUGUUGGGGGAGAGGAGUGGGGAUUAAAACGCAACCUGUUUUUACCAA